AUGUCUCACAAAUUCGAAGCUUUGGAGAAAUUCAAAGAGUUUCAAACGGAAGUUGAGAAACAAUUAGGUAAGAGUAUCAAGGCCCUUAGAUCCGAUCAAGGUGACGAGUAUCUAUCCCAAGAGUUUAAGGUCUAUUUAUCGGAUAAUGGGAUAUUAUCCCAAUUGAGUGUACCAAGAACUCCCCAACAGAAUGGAUAUCCAAAAGGAAUGAAAUGUUACUACUUCUAUAAUCCUCUUGAUAAGAAGGUAUUUGUUAGCACAAAUGCAACCUUCUUAGAGGAUAAGUAUAUAGAAGAACAUAAGUCUACUACUAAGAUUCUAUUGGAAGAGAUGUUAGAACAUGGUUCAAACAACUCAGUUCCAAAUUUUCGCAUAGAAUCUAAUAGUGAUGACUUGGAACCUCCUACUGAACCAACGGUUGCUGAUAAAGUAAGUAAGCCAAUGAUGCCUACAAGGCGAACCAGAGGACAAGAUCAAGCAGUGGGAAGAGAGGAUGGACCUUUGGUCAGACUGGACAAUAAGGCACCUUCAACCAUUACUCGUAGUGGGAGGGUUGUGAGACCACCUUCUAGGUACUUGCUCUAUGAAGAAUCCUAUCAGGCGAUCUUUAUUGAGCAAGAAAAGGAUCCUACUUCGUUUGAGGAAGCAAUGGAAGAUGUAGACUUUGAAUAA